CGAGGUCCGCUACGUAAAUCUCAUCGCGGCGGGAUAAAUAAAGAAGAAAUCUGGGAAGGAGGAAAGCAUUGAUAACAAAUGUCUUAAUAAUGAGCAAAUGUGGCAGGAAAAAAUUUAUUAAGACAAAUCUAAGACAAAUGGCCAUGGAAACAAUUGAAUCCCAGCAGGAUGGAAGUGUAACAGAUUCUGUGGCAGAGAAUGAAUCUGCUCAUAUGCAGACUCAGACUGGUCAAAAUUCAAUUCCUACUUUAGCUCAGGUAGCAACCAUUGCAGAGACAGAUGAGUCUGCAGAAUCAGAAGGUGUAAUUGAUUCUCAUAAACGUAGAGAAAUCCUUUCACGAAGACCCUCUUAUAGAAAAAUACUGAAUGAACUUUCCUCUGAUGUGCCUGGUAUUCCCAAGAUUGAAGAAGAAAAAUCAGAGGAAGAAGGCACGCCACCUCACAUUGCUACCAUGGCAGUACCGACUAGCAUUUAUCAGACUAGCACGGGCCAAUACAAUGAGGAAACUGAACUUGCCCCAAGUCACAUGGCUGCCGCCACUGGUGACAUGCCAACUUACCAGAUCCGAGCGCCUACUACGGCCUUGCCACAGGGAGUAGUGAUGGCUACUUCACCAGGGAGCUUGCACAGUCCCCAGCAGCUAGCAGAAGAAGCAACACGCAAACGAGAGCUGAGGCUAAUGAAGAACAGGGAAGCUGCCCGGGAGUGUCGCAGGAAGAAGAAAGAAUAUGUCAAAUGUCUUGAAAAUCGUGUGGCUGUGCUUGAAAACCAAAACAAGACUCUCAUUGAGGAACUCAAGGCCCUCAAAGAUCUUUAUUGCCAUAAAGCAGAGUAACUGUCUUUAGCUUGGACCUUGUUUACUAUGAACUCUAAUCAAGGCAGGAGAUGCAGUAAUUCUACUAAUUGCCAUGUGGACUUUUGGAAGGGACACUUGUGACCCUUAAGAAUCCAGUUUGGCUUAGUGUUUGAAAUUGAAUUGGGAAUGUUGUUCCAAGAUUUGGAAUGCAACCAUGAUCACAUUUACCAAGCUUACUUCAAUCUGUUUGUCAAUAGCAUGCACAAAAUGUUUUGUUUGCCCUUUUGCUUCUACUUUUUUCAGGGAAGCUGCAAAAGAAUGUCGACGUGGAAAGAAAGAAUAUGUAAAAUGUCUGGAGAGUCGAGUUGCAGUGCUGGAAGUUCAGAACAAGAAGCUUAUAGAGGAACUUGAAACCUUGGAAGACAUUUGCUCUCCCAAAACAGAUUAGUAGAAAUUUUUAACUAUGAAUUGAUUACAACAUGUACAGUUGCUUUUGAAGGCAAUACAUUAUAUAGCCGGCAAGAAUUGUGGCUUUUUUUCCUUUUGUAUCAUUCAUCGUAUUCUCUAAUCUCUAACAUUCCUAAAAUGCUUCACUGUACUUAGUUGACUGUUAACUGUAGCUUCUAUUUUUUUAAAAAGAGACAAACUGUAAAAAACAACAAAAAAAAGAAUGUAACAGAUUGUUAAAAUGCACAUUUGUAAGACUUGUUCUAAUGCCACAUGUUUUGCAGUUCCUAAUCUCUGUGUCAUGGAUAGUGUCCUAUGCAAUAAAAUAUUUUGCAGGUCUUCAAAAAUCAUUUUAGGGAAGGAUGA